CUAUUAAUGACAUAUGUCACAAGUUUGUUUGGGCGCAAAGUUGAGCUGCAUUUAUGCUCAGCCUCAUUUUUCAGCAUUGUUGUUAGAUUUCAUUAAACCUCUUCCAAAGGCAAUAAAUUUACUAAUAAACUUUAUAUCAUAUUGUAUGUUGUGCACAUCCCUGUGCUCCUCACAAUUACGUUCUUUAGACAACUAUAAACAAACUACAGGGUUCGAUAAUUAUUAUUGUGUUCAGUGUGCAGUGGCCGUAUCCCUAAAUUUGGAACUAGAAUGAGUAACAAAAAGCUGAAACCGGAGGAGCCGGUUGAAGAAGUAAAUGAAUUUUCCGUCGAGAAAAUUUUGGACAGCAGAGUGGUCAACGGCAAAGUUGAAUAUUUUCUGAAAUGGAAAGGUUAUUCGUCAGAAGAAAACACCUGGGAACCGGAGGAAAAUCUUGACUGCGAUGAUCUGAUACAGGCCUUUAAAGAAUCACGAAAAAAAAAAGAAGCCAAAGAAGAAAGUUCUGGAAGGAAAAGUAAGCUCAAGGAUUCAUCUGAAGAACCUAAAGCUGUCCCAGCUAAACGAAAAGCUACGAGCGAUAAGAAAGUAGGCUUUGACCGCGGAUUGAUCCCAGAAGAGAUUAUUGGUGCAACUGAUGAACAUGGAAAAUUGAUGUUUUUGAUGAAAUGGAAAAAUGCUGCCAAUGCUGACUUAGUACCCGCUGAGCAAGCCAACGUAAAAUGUCCCCAAAUUGUUAUUAAAUUUUAUGAAUCUAGGCUAACAUGGCAAUCCGCAGAAGCAAAAAAUGAUACGCGGGACGACUAGAAGGAAAUAUUGUUUGUAUUUUGUGAGCGUCACAGCAUUAUGUUUUCUGCUAUGUUUACUGUUUCUUCAGUAAUACUCAAUCGCCGAAGUGAAAAUAUGUCCACCCUAUCAGGCAAUCAGCCUGCAAGAAUAUUUUGAGCAAUUACUAUGAAACUAUAAACCGGUAGAAAAGCUUAA